AUGGACCCAAAAACUUGCCAAACCAAAGCCCAUGAUGAUAUUAACUGCCGCAAACAGCGGGCAGCAACAGGAAUAUGCGCACACCGAAACCGCCUUUCUUUGAAGGCUUCCGCUAACUUUGUUCAUCGCCUAUUGCCACUUUGCUCUCUCUGUUUCGAGGUGACUUAUUAUUUUAAACACGCAGGAGAAAUGACGACGGCGAGUGUCUCUUCUGCGGCGUUUGCAACCUCAGUCUCGUCCUCUUUCAGAGCUAGAAACUCUAGAACCCCUCUCCCUUCCAACUACCAAAACCCUUUGCGUUGCAGUUCUCCCCCUGCCUAUCGACCGCUGUCCAGGAAGUUGUAUCCAGUCAAAGCAACACUCCUGCAAGAAGACGAAGAAGAGGUUGUAGUGGAAAAGUCAUUUCGGACGAAAGGAUUCCCGGGAAAUGAGGUUAAAGAAACAGGGGAAUCGCCUGCCAAUUCAUCAUCUAGUGGUUUGGAGAGAUGGGUCAUCAAGGUUGAACAAUCUGUGAAUAUCUUCCUCACGGAUUCAGUGAUAAAGAUACUUGAUACAUUGUACCAUGACAGAGAUUAUGCUAGAUUCUUUGUGUUGGAAACAAUUGCAAGAGUUCCCUAUUUCGCCUUUAUAUCCGUCUUGCAUAUGUAUGAGAGUUUUGGUUGGUGGAGAAGAGCAGACUAUCUAAAAGUGCAUUUUGCUGAGAGCUGGAAUGAGAUGCACCACCUCCUUAUCAUGGAAGAAUUAGGGGGGAACUCUUGGUGGUUUGAUCGGUUCCUUGCUCAGCAUAUAGCAAUUUUUUAUUAUAUUAUGACAGUCUUCAUGUAUGCAUUAAGCCCAAGAAUGGCAUAUCACUUUUCUGAGUGUGUAGAGAGCCAUGCAUUUGAAACCUAUGACAAAUUUAUCAGGGCCAAAGGAGAGGAGUUGAAAGAGAAGCCUGCUCCCGAGGUUGCUAUAAAGUACUACACCGGAGGUGACUUGUACUUGUUUGAUGAAUUUCAAACUGAUAGAGCUCCCUGUUCACGAAGACCAAAAAUAGAGAAUUUGUAUGAUGUGUUUGUGAACAUCAGAGACGAUGAAGCUGAACAUUGUAAGACGAUGAAGGCUUGCCAGACUCAUGGAAACCUUCGCUCUCCUCAUUCGUAUCCAGUUGAUGGCUUUGAAGACAUGCCUGACUGCAUGAUUCCUGAAGCAAAUUGUGAAGGUAUUGUAGACUGUAUAAAGAAAUCUUUGACAUCAUCCCAAGUGAAGCAAAAGGAAGAAAUUUAAGAGUAAUAGAUGAGGAACUUCAUGUGAAUCUACACAUAUAAUGAUAGAGAUGUAUACACAGAAAGAAAAUUACAUAGCUGCAAUAUAUGCCUUUGAUUGGUAAAUAAAGUCUUGAUUUCACACCUUUCUUAAUGCAAUUUGGCUACUUUUUCCCUGCUUAACACAAAGGUGUCCUGUUAGACAUGCUUUAAGCCUGUGUAGCACAAGUAGCAAUAGGUUCAUGGUGAUUUC